AGCAGCUCCCUAUUGCCAACACAUCAUCACACGACACAGACUCACCACCGUCGCAAAUCGCAUCCCUUUCAAUUUCCAUCUCCAAUUACCAACAAACACAACCGCAAACAUGUCUUUCCUCGGAAUGGGUCGCGCUCAGCCUACCUCAGAGCAGAAGAUUGCUGCUGUCGAAGGCGAGAUGCGCAUGAUGGCCGACACCUACAACCGCCUCCAGAAGACCUGCCAGAAGAAGUGCAUCCCCACUGACUACCGUGAGGGUGAGCUGAACAAGGGCGAAUCCGUCUGCAUCGACCGCUGCACCGCCAAGUUCCUCGACACAUCCAUGAAAGUCAGCGAGAUCAUGCAGCAGCAGGGCCAGGCCAUGGGCUCCGGCGGCUCCGGCGGCGGUCUUUUCUAAACGAAUCACAAAACGAUGGUCGGUAUAGCCCGCAAUGCGGCCCGACAUAAACCUCGAGCGAUGUAAAAGAAAAGGGGGCAAUCAGUCUCCGCCCUUUUGUCGACGUGUACGAUAGCAGAAAGCAUGCAUUUUGGACUCUGUAAAAACAUAGAAUUUUUGGAUGGGAGAUAUUAUAUGACGAGAACCUGUUGGUUGAAUGGCAAUAGGAGAAAGAAAGACUACACGAAAAUGAUGGAACUGGUCAAAGCAAUGUUGGAUGCAUCGCCAGCUAGUAUAAUACAUCUCAACUACGCCUCU